CUUUCAAAGAAAAACGCGUGAAUUUCUUGGCCGAACGGCAGGGAUUUCUGCUUGGACUGUGGCGGAGGGAAAGUGAAAAAUAAUUUAAAUACGUGAACUUGGUAAGAAUUGAUUUUUUCCGGUAAGAACCUUAUUUUUAUACGGUACUACUCUAACAACAUAUUUUCACGAGAUUUUAAUAUCUGCUAUUUUAUUGGUACUACGUGGAGUAUCGUAAUCGUCCGAAAUAUUAUAUCGAUGCCUCGCGAACCUAAUGCGAGCGAACAGCUAAGAGUCAUGGAUUUCAUUGAUUACUUUUAUAAUCAUUUAUUUAAGCGAUAAAAAUCCUGUUUAUUAUCUACAACUAGCCCCAUUUCCGAGUACAGCCUGAGUAGAGUAUCCUAGCCGUUCAAAAUACAUCGAUGCCUCAUAAAGGCAUCCGCAACUAGCCCUGUUUCGGGCAACAGCCUAAACCAAGUAUCGCAAUUGUUCGAAAUACAUCGACGCCUCAUACACCCGACACUCGCAAACAGUUACAACUUACAAAACUUCGUCAACUACAACUACGAUAACUUGUACUUUCAACGGAAACCCUACUUUUACCUACACCUACCCCUAUUCCACAACAUCGGCCCAAAUAUAAAAAUUCUAAACACGGAAAGUACAUCGAUGUUUCCCAAACCCAACGACCACGCUACCCUUCCUUCCAUAUUAACGACAAACAAUAAACGUUACGCGACCUCCACCCCCUCGUCGAUCACAAUCGAAGUCAGAUAAAGAAGCGAGAAGUCGUCUCUCUAAUAAAAAUUUAAAAAAAUUAAAAAAAAAAAGAAUAAAAAAUAGUUGCAGACCGGAGACACUGUACCGCGUAAGCAGUCGGUCUCCAUCUGGCGCGAACUUAUCGCAAGGUAUCCUUUUUCUGUCGUUGCGCGUCUGGCCGCGCAUGCGCCGGGACGGUGCAACACGCGCCCUCCGAUGAGCCUUCCGCACGGUUGAGCAUUUCCACCAUUCAGAAUCGAUGAUGUCACGAAGCGGAGCCAGCAUCCCCACCGGCCGCAGCGGCCGAGGGUGGUGGUGGUAACGUUGCCCUCCGCCCAUUGGUCCGACGUACGUCGAGGUACCAACGCGAAUCGCGGGGUCGCAAGCGCGACCCAACGAGAGUCCGCAAGUCGGUGCGUGCCAGUCCGUGCGUGUGCUUUACCUAAUAAUAUUUCCACGGCCAGGAGUGCCCGCUAGUGCCCGCUUCUCUCGCGUCUCGCCACCGAUUUCAUCCCUCUCGCUCGUCCUUAACUUUGCCCCGUCUCUCUUGCUCUCUUUAACUCUCCCUCUCUCCAUCUCUCUCUCUCUCUUUUUCUCUCUCUCUCUCUCACUCUAACUAAAACGCACACACCGUCUCGAUCCUACGUGGGCCACUCUCGGAGAGCCAAGAAAGCAGAAGAUUCACGCUGCAGAGCAGCACGUGUGCUGCGCUCGUGCGGAUCGUACAAGCCACCCCCACCCUACCUGCGUUUACCGCCGCGGAACGAAACGCGUUUCACGUCCUACGUGGGCCCGUACCGAGCAAUUACUCGCGAUAACUAAUCGCGUGCUGUUCGUUUCACGCCGCGGCUCUCCGCUUCGUAUUGGUUCGGUUCGCAGAAGGAAGUGCUUAGAGGAUUCCACCGAGCCGAGUACGCGUUCGUUCGCCAUCGAUCCGUGAUCGUUUCACGUUCGGUUGUUCGACGUUCGUCGACCCGGUCGAGUCGUGACGACGUUUCAUCGGUGUUCAGUGUUGGGACGCGCCAGUGACCGUCCCGUCGUUGUCGCGUUCGCUCGUGAAAACUGUGGGAAAAGUACGCGGUGUGACGGUACCACGUUCUCCACGGAUUCGUCGUGGUGCUUUCUGCGGGAGCCGAUCGGAGGAGCAGCGUCGGCCGACGGCAGCUUUUGUGACCGGAAGUGCCCAAAGGCCCGAAGAUUCUGCCUUCGCAGCAGCUGGGCGCUGCGGUCGCUCCAUGGCCGGGCGCCACCGGCCUCCUAGCCUCUGUCACCGCUGACGAUAUGGCACACAAAGGUCACAGCGGAGUGAAUCAGCUUGGAGGUGUGUUCGUCGGCGGUAGACCACUCCCAGACUCGACGAGGCAAAAGAUCGUCGAACUGGCGCAUUCCGGUGCGCGACCUUGCGACAUUUCCAGGAUUCUGCAGGUCAGCAAUGGCUGCGUGUCGAAGAUUCUAGGCAGGUACUAUGAAACCGGAUCCAUCAGGCCUAGAGCCAUCGGUGGCAGCAAGCCACGCGUAGCCACGGCGGAAGUCGUAAGCAAGAUUUCCCUGUACAAAAGUGAGUGCCCUUCUAUAUUUGCGUGGGAGAUCAGAGAUCGUUUGCUUCAGGAGGGUGUCUGCACGAACGACAACAUUCCUAGUGUGUCGUCCAUCAACAGGGUGCUGAGAAACUUGGCGGCACAGAAGGAGCAGCGACAGCAACAGCAACAGCAGCAGCAAGGAGUGCCCGCCGUUGGCGUCGGCGUCGGUGCUGGAAGUCCAGCCGAAAGUGUUUACGAUAAACUGAGGAUACUAAAUGGACAGACCACGGGAUGGCCCAGACCCAAUCCAUGGUACUCAUCUGGCCCUGGCAGUCCGUUUCCAUCGUUGCAACCCAGCCUAAGUCCGAGCCACUGUACGGCCUUGCCACCGGACCCCGCGGACAUCCUGCACGCGAAAAAAGUGGCAGAGCUCGAGGGCGGCGCGCACUCGGAUGAAACGAACAGCGGCGGGGACAACAGCAACGCCGGAAGUGUGUCUGGCGGCACGGACGACGAUCAAGCGCGUCUCCGUUUGAAGAGGAAGCUUCAAAGGAAUCGCACGAGCUUCAGUAACGAGCAGAUCGACGCUCUCGAGAAGGAAUUCGAGAGGACCCAUUACCCGGAUGUUUUCGCCAGGGAGAGACUGGCCGGAAAGAUCGGCCUACCGGAAGCGCGAAUACAGGUCUGGUUUUCGAAUCGGCGGGCGAAGUGGCGGCGCGAAGAGAAAUUGCGCACGCAACGGAGGGACAACCCGCAGCACCAGCAGCAACCGCAAUCGCAGCAACAGCAACAACAAUCUCAGCAGCAGCAACAACAUGCUGGCGGGGUCAGCCUUGUCGGUGCGGGUCAUCCGACGCCGCCGCCAGCCUCGGGGAUACUUGGCGGUCAACCGCCCCCGCAAGCACCGCCAUCGCCGCCUAGGAUACACCAUGGCUUCGCGCCUACUGCCGUUUAUCCCGGAAUACCCAGCAUGCCUGAUUCCUACAGCCCAAUGACGUCUAUGCCAAGCUUCACGAUGUCCGGCGGCAGCCAGCAAAACCAGCACACGACCAGCAGCAUGUCGUCGUUGUCGACUGGAGGUGGAAUGGGUCCCAUGGGCAUGACCGUGGGCAUGACGGUUGGGCCUAGUCCCGGUGCCUGUCUUCAGCAACGAGACAACGGGUACUCUUGCGGAGUCGCGCGUCCUCCGAGUUACGAGCCCCUUCAUCUUGGAUACGGUGCGAGACCCACGUGCAGCCCGACCCAACCCUAUCACACGGCGGGCCUGAACCAGUACAAUCAAAACACCAGCUCGACCGGUGAGUGUCUACCGCACUCACUGCACUCGCUGCUUGCACUUUAGCGGACGGACUACUACGGAUAACACGCUAUCGAGCCUGCUGGUCUGAUAUCGCCGGGUGUCAGCGUACCGAUCGCCGUACCAGGCCAGCCGGCACCAGACAUGGCGGCGCAAUACUGGUCGCCGAGGCUGCAGUGACCGUGGUGGUCAUCGGUGUCGACAUCCUCUCCGUAGGCUCGAGCUUCUUUGACUUACGUUAGUUUACAAACGUUAGAUACAGGAGGACGCGAGGAGAAGACGUUCGAAAUCGAUGAAAGACGGUUCUCGCAAAGGUUCAAGACGAUUCCGCCGUUGUCAGAAAUGGAGGACGACGGUCAACGUCAGGAGACUCUUGUAAAAUAGGUGUUGGGUUCGACAAAAGUUGUAGCGCUUGAAGCAAGACUCACUUCGCAAGGACCACAGGGUAGUUUUACAGAGACGAUACUAAUGUCGGAACCUUUCGUGUUCGGGUCUCCGUAUUUUCAUAUUAAUGGGGGGGAAAGUAUUAGGGUCGUCCUAAAAGUUCGUGCCAUUUAUACUUCAAUUUCUCAAAUUAAUAUGUGAAACAUACUCUUAAGUGUCACAAGAAAAGAUAAUCUGUCUCAUUUCACAACAGUUUCUCACCUCUCUCUCAUAUAGUCAUUAUACCGUUACUAGAAAAUUUCUGUGGUUUUUUAUUAAAUUUCAACACAGUCUUCGGCACGAACUUAUGGGACAACCUAAUGCAAUAGGAGGCUAAAUAUCAAGUGUUUAUCGAGAUAUUUUUUUCUACAAGAAUUUAUGUAAAGAUUUAUUAACCUUCAGAUCAUUUUAGGUAAAUUUUAACACGUUGACUGACAGACUAAUAAUCGUGAAAAUUUCUACGAGGCUCAAGUUUUUUUCAACAUAUAUAGCCCUUAAAAUUAUUUAUUGAAGUUUCUCAAUGAAAAGCUCCGUCAGCCGUAUAUGGGCGACGUGGCGACCAGUGUUAACGCGACACUUGAAAAACGCUGGAGUUUAGGCUCUGUAGAACUCCUCUGUGGUAUGAAUAGUUUUCUUCGUGCGUGAUGAAAAAUUUUUGUAAAUCGACGGGCGUGUACGAGUAAUGUUAGUCUUGCGUCGUAACGAGGCAUUUUUCUAAAUUAUUCUCGAGCCCUCUAAUCGACGAUAAAUUAUUAAUACCUUCGAGUUGUUUUUAAUCUUCCCAGAACGUCCGAGAAGCUUACCAAACUUGAGAGUCAAAUCGAGCUUUCGUCGACCGAAGAGUCGAGCGCUAAACCGUACUUUUCAAAUAAUCGUACACGCCUAAGAGAGUAAGCAUAACACUUGAGCCACGAACAGGUUUCACAGGAAGAAUAACACGAAAGGGUCGGAUUCGGUGGACUGAUCAUGAUCACUGAUCCAAUCACUAGAAACCACUGUCGUUGUAUACUAGAAGAUUUCAAUAUUCACAUUUUACAAUUAAAUAACGACAGUGAAAACCUGGUGAAUAACUUUUUAGAAAACAAAUACAUACCGUAUUUUAAUAAAAAAAUUUCUAUAAAGUUAUUCACCAGGUAUUGACUGUCAUCUGAUUGUAAAAUGUUAAUAUCGAAAUUUUCUAGUACACAGCGAUAGUGGUUUCUAGUGAUUGGAUCAGCGAUUACGAUCAGUCCACUGAAUACACCCAAUUAUCUCUAGGCGACUCUGUCGUGGGUGUUGUCGACGUUACAAAGAGAGAUGACGAUCGACUCCACGUCAGGGUACCCGUGUAACCCACAGCUACCUUAGUGAUGUAAAUUAUCAAUAAUUAUCGCUUGAAGAUCUCUUUUUGCGUUUCCAAUCGCGACCGUAAGUUUUCCUUGAAUAGCUAUCGCAAGUUCUCAGGUCACAACAGAUUUUCUUAACGACAUUUCGCGUACAUCGCCCUCGAAUGUAGCUCGCGAAGGGAUCGUUUAGCCAAGAUGGCGGCCAGUUUCCCAAACUUCGUUUCCAGUGGUGAUCCAUGACGACGCCACGACGAAACGUCUUUGUAACAGAGCUACGAGAUUUCUUUUCGUACACGUUAUUAGAUGAAUUUAUGUAUCGAAACAGGCAUGGAGUAUCUUUCAUUUCGACGAUUCUCAAGUAUCGUAGACAGUGAAGGAAUUGACACCUUACCAACUAGCGAAGAUUGCAAACCUUCGAGGUCUUCGAGGCAUCUGUCGACCAUGGUUCGAACGCGAGGUGCAGUAAUUUCCGCUUUCAAGUCGUCGUUUCUUUUUGGGUAAACUUUACUUUGGGGGACCAGAAAUUGUCAAGUUUGUUUUUCAUAAUCCUGUAGAUUUUUACUGCUCGAGUACCUCGAGGUUGCUAAGCCCGUACUGUAGCUAUGGUCAGAUGUAGCUACAGCCCCCGAGGUCUCACUUGAAAGCCGGAACUGCUGUACAAUGUACGAAGAAAUGUUGAAAUCCGAGAAUAUUAAGAUAAUAGACACGUAUCACGUUAACUGUAUUAUUUUUCAAUCACUUGUUACUGCUACAUGUAUUUUCUCGCGAUGAAACGUUCUUGUAUAAAGAUUGUGAGAAACGAGGAGGGUUAGUCGAAAUGUUUAUUUCGAAUGUACUCGUUCUUCGGCGCGAGCUGUUAUUUUUAUCGGAAAAUUCACCGUCGCCCUUUCUUUCGAACUCGACGUUCGCUCGCCAUACGUCGCCGAGAAGAAGCGACGUUUUUUUUUCUUUUAUUUAUUGUAACAUAGGUUAAACGAAAUUCAUAUCCGAAAUAAACACGGCGUCGCCGUUCGAUGCGGCGAGCGAUCAACAACGGAUUCGAGACGAGCGAGGAUUUAGUAAACAGAAAUUGUACAACAUUAGCGGAAAAAUAACUUUAAACAUCGGCGACGAUUAAAAAGAGGGAGGAGAUGUAUCGGUUGGGAGGAGUUAGCAAUGGCGUCUCGCAGUGUUUUUAACCGCAGUUUCUUAGAUGUAACCUCUAGGCCAAUAAAAGAACGUAAUAUAGUUUUUAAGUCGGUAUUAUUUAUAUUCGUGUAAGGGACGAAAGCGAAGCAAGAGUAAUGGACGUUUAUUGUGUGUACAUCGUAAAGAUAUUGACAUUUAUAUAUAGUUGAUUCUAAUCCCCAAGUAUCCGAUAAAGCAAAGUCGAUACAUCAUUUAUAUCCGAUGCAAGAUUGAUCAACAGAAAGGCGCGACACCAGGUAUGUUAACCGUACGAUUAUGCAUUCGAAAUAAAUAGUGUGUGCAUUUAAGUAACAAAUUGUUCCAGUACUUACCUUUCAAUGAAAUCACCCUGCGACCAAGAAAAGCUGUCUUCGCUUUUUAUUUAUUACCUGACACCACUCACAGAAAAGGAUACAUGUAUGCAUGCGUGGAGAAAGAGUACAUAGAUACUGUGACACCUGUCAAAGUGGAUCCCAUCCAAAGAAAAAAGCUCAAAUAUCUAAACCAGAGGUAAUGAGUGCAUUUAGUAGAGACAAAUGUUGCGCGACUCGAAGCAGAGAAUCCACGAGAAUCACCCGACAGUUGUCUCUGGUAAAUGCAUUCAGUGUUAGCAAGAUCGAGAAAGAAAAAUGGCGACCAGUAGUUUGCAAAUGUAACAAUCGUAUAUUUGUUCCGACUUAAUAAUUUUCUCUAUACAGUUUCUUCAGAAGGUACUUGAAUUUGCGCCUCGCUUUCGUUUGGAAAGGAAGGUCGGUGAUGCUAGAAUAAGAACAAAUGUCCAUUACGUCGAACGAUACAAAAAUUCGUUUAACAGCUCCUGAAGCUCAUCUGGCUGGAUCUCUGUGGAUCCAGUCACGAUCUUCCCGAUCUUCUCUAGCUCUUAUUUGCGGUGAAGUGCAAAUCGAACGAUUGUUCCAACGCAGCAACCAUGUUCAACCUGAAAUUUAUUUACCUGCCUACGAGUAAUGUGCAACGAACAACGCAGCUUAUUUGAGAAAAUUGCGGUGCGUCGAAAUACGUCCGUUAUUUCACACCAUGUGCCGAGUAUUCGAAUUUAAAGAGGUACACGCACGAAUUCGUCACGAUUAUUGUUAAAGAUCGCAAAUAUAAAAACAG